CCCGCUGCCUGCGCCGCGCCGGGCCGGGCCGGGCCGCACCGGGCGGGGGGGACAUAAAGCGGCGUUGGGGGCGGCGGGCCGGCUCUGCGCUGCUGUGCCGAGCCAUGGCCGCGGCACGCCGCAGGCUGCCGCUGGGGCUGGGGCUGGCGGGGGCGGCCUGCGCCCUCCUGGGGGUCUGCCUGCUGCUGGUGGGGCCCCUCAUCAUCAACGACGAGGUCGUCAAGAAUGUCAGGAUCGACCCCAGCAGCAUCUCUUUCAGCAUGUGGAAAGACAUUCCUGUUCCUUUCUACAUGUCGGUGCACUUCUUUGAAGUGCUGAACCCCAAGGAGGUCCUCCUGGGAAUGAAGCCGGUGCUGAACCAGCGUGGACCUUAUGUUUACAGAGAGUUCAGGUAUAAAACAAAUAUCACAUUCCAUGACAAUGACACCGUCUCCUACCUGGAGUACCGGAAACUCUUCUUCCAGCCGGACUUGUCCAAUGGCACCGAAGAUGAGUACAUCGUUGUGCCAAACAUUUUGAUGAUGGGAGCAGCUGUAAUGAUGGAAAACCUGCCAAAUUUUGUGAAGCUUCUUCUCAGUGGAGCCCUGGCUGGCCUGAAACAGGAGGCAUUCAUGAACCGGACGGUGGGGGAGAUAAUGUGGGGGUAUGAAGACCCUCUAAUAGACACAAUAAAUAUGUUUGUUCCUGGCCUAAUCCCUUUCAAGGGGAAAUUUGGCUUAUUUAUGGAGCUUAACAACUCCAAUUCAGGGCUGUUCACAGUGAACACAGGCAUGAAGAACAUCAGUAGAGUUCACAUGGUGGAUUCAUGGAACGGACUAAAGAAGGUGAACUACUGGCGGAGCAGCGAGUGCAACAUGAUCAAUGGGACCGCAGGGGAGAUGUGGCCACCGUUCAUGUCCCCGACAUCGCUGGAGUUCUACAGCCCUGAUGCCUGCAGAUCCAUGACACUGGUGUAUGAGCGCUCUGGGCAGUUCAAAGGUGUGCCCACGUAUCGCUUUGUGGCACCAAAAACUCUCUUUGCCAAUGGCACGGACUAUCCACCCAACGAAGGCUUCUGCCCCUGCAUGCAGUCUGGCAUCCAGAACGUCAGUACCUGUAGGCUCAAUGCACCGAUAUUCAUUUCCCAUCCUCACUUCUACAAUGCCGACCCAGCCCUGGUGGAUGCUGUCGAAGGGCUGCACCCCAGCAAGGAACAGCACGCGCUCUUCCUGGACGUGCACCCGAUGACGGGCAUCCCCAUGAAUUGCUCCAUCAAGCUCCAGCUGAACCUGUACAUAAAGCAGGUGUCUGGUAUACUUCAAACAGGGAAGAUUAAGCCGGUGGUCCUGCCGCUACUGUGGUUUUCAGAGAGUGGUUCCAUUGAAGGCUCAGUCCUAAACCAGUUUUACACCAACCUGGUGCUGCUCCCGUCCCUGAUGGAAAAAUGCUCUUUAUUUUGGAGUAGCAAUAAAAAGAACUCAGACAGUAAUAAGGCCAACCAGGCCACCUCUGCCAAAAAGCUGCCUCCAGUUAAGGGGACGGUGUUGCGGGAAGCCAGACUGUAGGUGGGUACCCAGUCAAGGUAACAUGCUUUUCUCUCAUCCUGAUUUGAUUAAACUUUGCUUAAAACCAAUCAAACGGAAAUGUUUACUGCCCACAUCUACCAGACAUGCCCUCUUAGCAAGCUUUGAUAUAAUGAUGUUGUCUCAUGGCUUUAUUCAGGGCAAUUUAGAUGUCUUAAUACUCACGCUUAACCAGGCAGCAAGUACACGCUCUUAUUGUUUCUCCUGGUUUACCUGAUCUGCAGCCCUAAUAAUAUCAGCAGGGAUCAGCGUGAAAAGUAGGAUUGGUGUGAGGAAACUGUUUUCUUGCCUGUUUCCCCCCACACCUCCAAGUGUGUUAAGAUCCAGAGGUAAGUUUUUGAAUGGGUAAAAACUCAUGGGGAUAACAGAGGUAGUCAACUGGUGGGCAUCACUCCCCUCCUGCAUGCAGGGAGCCUUGACAGAAAGGCUUUCAAGAGGGAAUUUCUGAUACAUAAAAUAUCUGGAUUUGUAUUACAGGAUCACAAAAUCACUGAGUCGUUGAGGUUGGAAGGGACCUCUGGAGGUCAUCUAGUCCAUCCUCCCUGCUCAAGCAGGGUCACCUAGAGCUGGGUUGCUCAGGACAGUGUCCAGAUGUCUCUUAAUAUCUCCGAGGAUGGAGAUUCCCCCAACCUCUCUGGGCAACCUGUUCCAGUUUUUACAGUUUUCACAGUUUAAAAAAAAAAAAAAAAAAAGAAACAACCCAAAAAGUGUUUCCUAAUGUUCAGAUGGAACCUCCUGUGUUUACAUUUGUGCCUAUGGGCUCUUGUCCUGUCCCCUGGACACCACUGAGAAGAGCCUGGCUCUGUAUUUACACCCUGCCUCCAGAUAAGUGUAUACAUUGGUAAAAUCCCCCUGAGCCUUUUCUUCUCCAGGCUAAACAGUCCCAGCUCUCUUAGCCUUUGAUCACAUAAGAGAUGCUGUAGUCCCUUAAUCAUUUUAGUGGCUCUUUGCUGGACUGUUUCAUGUAGCUCCAUCUCUCUUGUCCUGGGAAGCCCAGAACUGGACAGAGUACUCCACGUGUGGCCUCACCAGUGAUGAGCAGAGGGGAAGGAUCACCUCCCUCGACCUGUUGACGACACUCCUAAUGCAGCCCAGGAUAGUUAGCUGCCUUCACUACACAGGCACGCUGCUCGCUCAUGUUCAACUUGGUGUCCACUGGCACCCUCAGGUCCUUUUCUGCCAAGCUGCUUAAGAGUUGGGUGGCCCCUGGUGUGUACUGGGGUAUGGGGUUGUUCUUCCCCAGGUGCAAGACUUUGCACAUCCUCUUGUUGAACCUCAUGAGGUUCCCGUCAGCCCAUUUCUCCAGCCUGUUGGGGUCCCUCUGAAGAGCAGCCUGACCCUCUGGUCUAUCAGCCACUCCUCCCAGUUGUGUCAUCAGCAAACUGACAGAUCACUAAUAAAGAUGUUAAACGGGAUCGGACCCAGUAAUGACCCCUUGUGUAUACCGCUAGUUACUGGCCUCCAACUGGAUUUCAUGCUAUUUCUCAUGACCCUCUGGGCCUGGCUGUUCAGCCAGUUUCCAACCCACCUCACUCUCUGCUCAUCCAGCCCGUGUUUCGUGGCUCCUCUACAAGGUUCUUAUGUGAGACAGUGUCAAAAGCCUUACCAAAGUGCAAGUACACAAUAUCCACUGCUCUCCCCUCACCUACUGAGUCAGCCAUUGCAUUGUAGAAGAUUAUUAGAUUGGUCAAGUGUGAUUACCCCUUGGUGAAGCCGUGCUGACUACUCCUGGUGACUUUCAUGUCCUUCAUGUGCCUGGAAAUGCUUCCUAGGGUUAGCAGCUCCAUCACCUUCCCAAGGACCGGAGGGUGGCUGACUGCCCUGCAGUUCCCAUGGUCUUCCUUCUUGAACGUCUUCAAGAUAGGAGUGAUGCUUGCUUUUCUCCAGUCUUUGGGCACUUCUCCCAGUUGCUAGGGUUGUUCAAAGAUUAUGGGGAGUAGCCUUGCUGUGAUACUUGGCACUUGUGGGUACACCUCAUCAGGGUCCAUGGAGUUAUGCAUGUCUAGGUUGCUUAAAUAUUUUCUGACCUCAUACUCUUCCACCAAGGGUACGUUUUCCUUGCUCCAGAUUUUCCCCUGGUCUCUGGGGUCCCCUGCCUCAUUCAGCAACAGGUCCACGUGUUCCCUAGUCUUCCUUUUGUCACUUGUGUACUUACAGAUGCUCUUGUUGUCUCUGACAUCUCUGGCCAGCUGCAGUUCCAGUUGGUCUUGCUUUCUGAACUUCAUCCCUGCAUGCUGAGUGUCCCUUAUUUCUGCUAGGUUACCUGUCCCUGCUUCCACCUUCUGUAUUCUUCCUUUUUGCAUCUGAGUUUGGCCAGGAGCUCCUUGUUCAUUCCCACAGGCCUGCUGGUAUUUUUGCCUGACUAGGGAUGGUUAUUGGGAUGGACCACUCUUGAGCUUGGAGGAGAUUAUCCAUGAAUACCCACUAGCUUUUCUGCCCUAUCUCCCCACACCUGAGCUCUGUAGUUAUUUUUGAUACUUUCCAGGUGGCGCUGGUGGUAUAAUUGGUGCACAUGCAGCAGCAGCAAUGGGUAACAGUCAAAGGGCUGGACGAGCCUUACGGUCCCUCCACAAUGCCCCAGAUCCAGGUCCCCAGCAAGCAGCAAAUGUCUCUAGAUGGCAAGUCAGGUGGGCAGAUGGGUGCCUCUGUCACCAGCAGCAGGGAGUGACCCACUGCUGUCAUGUACUGCUUCCUCCUGGGGGUCUUGUAUGAAUUAGUGUCAAGGGGCCCACAAGAUCUGCUUGAAAGCAUAUCUGGCUCCUCUUCAACUUUGAAGGAGGUGAACCUAUUUGGUGAUUGUAAGCUCUGGUGGAGCAGGACCCUUUGUCGUGGUGCCAGAAGGUACCAGCUUCCAUCCUUCACCUUCCCCAGAGGUUGCCCUUACUGUUAUGCUAGGGUUGGGUGCUGUCUGUAUCUACUGCUGCUGGGGUCUGGGGCUCUUUAAGCUGUUGUGUCCCUGAGAGAAGACCCUCCCCAUCUCUCUUUCAUCUUCGCUGGUGCUGUGCAGCAAGCUGACUUUGUCCUGUAGCUCCUCUGCUGGGUGAUGGAGCUCUCAGGUUGGGUGUUUGGGUGGUGUUACGUGUAUCAGUGGGCAGGAAUGGAAAUAACUUUAUUUUGUUAGAGGAGGAGAUACAAAAAUCUUCAAUUUAAGAAGCCUACAGAAAAGGGUUCUUGGUCAUGAGAAAAUCCAGGAGGUUUGGGGGGGGGGGGGUGUCCCAAGUGGGGAUGUGGUGACAGAUUAAGGUCUGGCCGUGGUGCCAUCACUGAGUGCGCGGCUGUAACUGCUGUCCUCUCCUCUCCAGAGACCCGCUGCAGAGAAGAACCUGCGCCGCCCCGCCAAUCAGAGCAAACCGCCCCCCUCCUCUGAGACAACGCCGCUCCUACAUGACGCUGACACAAUGAGCCAGGACGAUGCCGAAGCCUGAGCCGCCAGCCCCAGCAUGCUUCCCACCGGGACACAUCCAUGCUGGGGGCAAGACCUGCUUUGCGUCCCUAGAGGUCUCUGGAAGGCGAAGUCCUCCUGGGCAACUCAACGGGGACCCUGCACACCAUGGCAAAGCCAUGGGACAGGACUGCUGCACCGGCCCCCCCACACUGGGGCAUGGGACGCCUUGUCCAGGUGCUCAAAACACAGCGUUAGAGAACACAUGUCCCCAAGGGGCUGGCCUUUGCCUCAGCCCCUCUCUCCCUGUGGGCCAGCAGGAGUGAAGAUGGUUGCUGGCUGACCUGAGAAGUUACUUUGCAAUUUAAAACUGCCAAUUGCUAGGAAUAAAAGGCACUUUAACAGGAGCCUUUAAAAUAAAUGAGGUUUGUAUAUGUA